GAUUGGCUGAGAAAUACCGGGUACAACUAAUUUUCCGCCAUUUUUGAAAAUGUUUGUUUUGGAAAGAGUGCGGUAGCUAGCGACGAUUUAUUUUAUAAAUAUGUCUUUGCCGCCGGAAAAGAUACAAGAGCUUAAACAGAUUAUACAUAACCACAUGUCUCAUGCAAGCGUUCAUUCUCGUAUCAAAGGCUGCGUCGAGGAGUCGUUUGUUGGGGACGAUCGGGAAAUAGAUGAAGCAAGCUUGCUAAAUGCAUUGAAGGAGAAGGGGAUCGUUGAUGAAGUCAUGCGAUCGCUGAGAUUUGAGGGUCUAGAAAGGGAAAAAAGGAAAGCUAAACUGGGGGGUGAAAAGAGGGAAGUAGAGAAGGAAGAAGCAAUUAGAGUUGGGGUGGACCCCACCAGAAGGUACCUUUAUAUGCAGGUGCUUGGAGGCAAGGCCUUCUUAGAGCACCUACAGGAUCCGGAACCUCUCCCUGGCAGGGUCACCUCUACUUUCACGCUUCAUGUUCACUUUAGAGGACAAAGAUUCAGGUCAUGCCCUGUACCAUGUGCAUGUGAACCGGACCUUACUGAAGGCUUCCUCCUGGAGCUUCAACAUGACAAGAGCAAGAUGGCAGAUGCCGCCACACUCCUGUCACAUUCUGACACCAUUCACAUUGUCCUUAUCAAGACAGACACUGCCGGCGACACCACUCUCCUCGGCUCACAUUACCUAGAAUGGCGUAACAUACUUUUCAACCCAACUGGUCGGAUGACCUGUUCUGUGGAGAUAAAUGGUGUUGGAGCAGAAGCUAAAGUUCCAGUGGGGAUACUUGAUGUAAAGUUUGAAAUGAUUCCAAGGUUUAGCAAGAUCCUUACAGAAGAAGUGAUUAAAGCCCAGAUCAACUUGGAACACAACAGGGUUGCAGAGCGUGAGAGGCUUUUUCUGGUGUAUGCUAAGCAGUGGUGGCGUGAAUUUCUACAGAUCCGCCCCUCCCAUUCUAAAAGACUUGUCAAGAUAUUUGCACAAGAUGAAUGUGCUACUAACAGGCCUGUAUGCUCCUUUGUCCACCCUCUGCGCACGGGAAGACUCCUUGACACCCCUCGACAGGCUGCUAGGUUUGUCAGUCUGCUGGGUUAUGAGCGUACACCCAGUGUGGGUGGCGGGAAAGCAGAGAUGUGGAGCAGCCUCCACGCCCUUCUGUGCAAAAGAAAAGGGGAUUGUGAGGACCACGCCACCCUUCUGUGUAGUUUGCUGCUUGGGUUUGGCCUCAAUGCAUAUGUGUGUGGGGGGACCAAGAGCAAGGGUGUUGCACACACGUGGGUGGUCACCAUCAGUCCUGAAGGAGAGGCCACCUUUUGGGAAAGCCUCACUGCUCACAGAUAUGUUCACCGCCCUAUUAACCCUGAUGACCCUCCACUGGAUAAACAGCAAGCACGCCCUGUGCACCCAUAUCACACUGUGGGAUGUGUGUUCAACCAUCAGGAGUUCUAUGCAAACAGCCAGCCGACGGAUGUUGUGGAGGUUUGUCAAUUUGAGCUCCACAAUGAAGCGCUGUGGAAAGCAAUGAGCGAAGAUGCCCUGAAAUCCAUAUGUGGCACUAAAAUACUGCCUCCGAUGCCCCCUCUUCCACCUCUGUUUCCACCAACCAUAGACUCAGCGCUCAUAAGUAAUGAUAUGGAGCACGAGCUGAGGAGCUUGGUCGGCGAUCACAGAAAGGACCUAGGACUGAGCACAUCUUGGGAUGAUGAGUUGUGCCACAUCCUCUCCCCUGCCCUCGCCUCUUACGAGCUCGAGCAUUCCACUGGUGUGUCUGUAGGCAAUGAGGAGUUCCAGCAUGCUAUCAGGCGUGCUAUCCCUGACGGCCACACCUUCAAGGGUUUCCCAAUACAGUUUGUACACCGUAAUGCGCGAAGAGCCUUUGCAACCUGCCUCAGAUCACCCAUAUGCGAAGAAAUCAUCAGCUGUCGAGGCGAUAACGUGAGACUUGCGGUGCGCGUGCGCGUGUUCACAUACCCCGAGAACGCAUGCGCAACAUGGAUCAUGUUCGCCGUCAAGUACAAGUCUGUGUUAUAACGCAUGCACAGAGUAGAGAACCAAAGUCUGUGUUUCAGAAAUGCGAUCGGCGGUGAUAAAUCCAGUGUUAUUACGCAUUUGCAUUCAAUAUAAUGUAGUCCAUCACCUAAGAGCCCAAAAUUGGGUCCGAGUACUCGUUUUACGAGAACAAGCUUGCUUAGGCUCAAUUAAAAGCUUGUUUAUUCAGGUUUUCAAAAACAUCUUGGCGGCCAUGUGGAAUGGUAGCUUUCGUGUAGAAAAUCGAGUUUAAAGUGACCUUGGUCAAUGUCGCACCCGCCGCCAUUUGCAGAAUGCUUUUCUACACAGCAAAAAAAGCGUUCUGUCUGAUACAUUUCAGCCGUUUUCAAUCAACAACACUGUAAUAGCAAUUUGUUGCCACUUUUCUGCAAGGAUGAGUUUCAAUAGUUAUAUUCAGACAGUGUUUUAUCACAUACUAAAAUUUCAGCAAACUUGAAAUUUCGCGCACGUUGCAAAAUCAUUAUGGCGAGAAAUUGUCAUAACACAGGGAGUUUGAAGACGAUUUUCUUUAAAGACAACUAAUCUAAAAGAAAUAACAUAAAAGAAAGGAUGUUUUUAUGUGAAGGUCGGUAAAAUCGGCGUAAAAAGCAAUUUUCCAUGGUCAUUUUACAAAUUGACAAAUCUUAUAAAUCGAUUAUUUCGAGUUUGGAGUUGGGCACUCGUGGCUUGUAAAUCCAGAAAGGGUUGCUUCUUUCACUUCUGCAGCAUAAGUUUUUCUUCUCGUACAAAUAUUUAAAAAAGCCAUAUAAAUAACUUAUUAACCUCGCGCUCGGUUAAUAAGUAGUAUUUAUUCUUUAGCCGCGGGGUUACCGUGAGAAGGGAUAUUUUAGACAAGACGGUGAGAAUGGGCGUGUCGCAAUCGCAAUACAAGAACUUUCUGCGAGAAUAGUGUUAAACAAGUAAAUUGUGUAUUUGUUUACCUCGUAAACAUUAAGUAAACAAAUCAGUAACUUUUUGAGCUCGAGUGAGACUCAACUUAGUUUGUUAAGCUUUCGUCAUAUUUUAUUGAAGUAUCGCAAAACACCAUUUGUCCAUAUGAUACCUAUGACUGCGCAUCCCCCAUCCUCGGGAACCCAGGGCUUCGCGGUUCUGCCACCUCGCUUUCGCGCCUCGUUACGCUGACCGCGACGCCCUGGGUUCUCGAGGAUGCGCACCUGUCCUCAGCCAAUCCUGGGUACGCGCCUGUAAGCGAUAACCUUGUGAACGAAUUUAAACUGAGCUCAUGAGAAAGAUAGAUGUAAUCGAAUUAUAAAUCCCUCUGGACUUCAUGUUAGUUGUGAGGGUGUCCAUCUCUCACCGGUGCUGGAACUACGAGUUACCGGGGGGAACUUUCUCGUCGCUGAAAGAAGACAGAUCUUACAGGACGAUGAACCCGGCCUGUGCAAUCAACAAACACUAGCUAAACGCCCAUGCAGGCGCGCCUUGUCGGAAGAGGUGGUAACAAGACACAUACCACAAUACCAUACGGUGGAAGAAGAGUAGGGUCAGUGCAAUACAUAGAUCUCACCUCCUACGCGAAUAGGGUAAAUGGAAUCAAAAUACAGGUGAGAACAGGUGUCUGUACGUUACCAUAGAGAUCCAGAUUGCUGGAAAAUACCAGGUGUAUAUCCAAGAUUUGCAGGGGGAGGGUGCGCAGUCUUAGGUAUCAUAUGGAAUAUUACAGUAUUUGCGCGAAAAUUAAUUAUAAAGAAAUUACAAUUUUUUUGGCAGCCAAGAUGGGCAGAGCGUUCGCGCGCACCCUGCACAAGGGAGAGGCUUGUAGGGAUACGAGUCAAAGGCUUGUAAGUAACGAGGGAGAGGCUUUUAGGGAUAUGAGGGAGAGGCUUCUAGGGAUACGAGGUAGAUGCUUGUAGGAAUGUGAGGGAGAGGCUUGUAGGAAUACCUAGAAGAGGCUUGUAGGGAUACGAGGGGGAGGCUUGUAGGAAUACGAGGGAAUGGCUUAUACGGAUACGAGGGAGAGGCUUGUAAGGAUACGAGGGAGAUGCUUGUAGGGAUACGAGGGAGAUGCUUGUAGGGAUACGAGGGAGAGGCUUGUAGGGAUACGAGGGAGAGGCUUGUAGGGAUACGAUGGAAUGGCUUGUAGGGAUACGAGGAAGACGCUUGUAGAGAUACGAGGUAGAGGCAGGAGAGCAUCGCGACGAAUUUUCUAUGCUCGCACAUAACAAACUUCGCUUGUGGUCCGUACACCAGAAUGUGGGGACGGUACCGGGUUUACUUGGUCGCUGUUACAAACGCUACUUUACACAAGUAAUUUUAAGAUGAUCACAAGAAGAUUACAUGAUGUUUACGAGA